GCGUAAGCCUCCAGCGGUUUAACCGCUCCUUUUGAACUAUAGAGAAACGGGAGAGGAGGUAUAAUUAAAUAGUUACGACUUCUUUAAUAAAUUCAGAGGGUUAAGAGAGGAAAACGCGGUUAGAAAGAGCGAAAACGAGCCAGGUGAGCAAUAUUUUUUAUUUUUAUUAUUAUUGUAUUGAACUAUUGGAGUUGUCGUAAGUACGAGACCCCUUCUACGACUUUUUUUGCUUCCAUAAAAAGGCGGAAAAGAUAUAAAUCAAACGUCUGAGAAUCUCAUCAACAAUCCUCUAUCGACAUUCUUUCCGGGCCUAACCUCGUCGCUCGGUUCUCUUUUAUAAUAGGCUUAUAGGUCGAAGGGAAGCGAUUAUCUUUAGGGAGGGUAGGAGCUGUCAGAUGAACAAAGAACGCGUUUUCUGCUCCUCAACGUUCUGUGGCAGGCGUUUGUAACCUUUUUUCCAUAAGAACAUACUCUCCUCGUGAUUUCGAAAGGGUAUUUUCUGACAGUCGUCAUUACCCGGGCCUGUAAUUUUAAGCCGAGCCUGCAGGCCCUUUUGUGCUCUUCUUGUCCAAAAAAAAGUUAACGUUCCACAAGGAUCUUUAGGGAAUAGUUGGCACAUUAACAAUUCCUAAUAUUUACAUCGUAUCGAGAUAAAACGUAAAUUGCAUCCUCUUUUCACUACGUCAUUUUAGAAUGCAUAAAGAUUACUAUCUAAAUGUCUAUUUUGCAUGUGGCGUCAAGCAGCGUCUCCUUCUCUAACUUCCGCAGUUUUAUUCACUAUACAUCCAAACCGUUAAAACAAGCCGUCCCCAUCAAAGGAUACUUUAAUUGACCUAUUUCUAGUAUAAUUAAUGGCGUGCAAUUCGGUUAAUUUUAUGCUUCGUCUGCCUUCACCAGACGGCCAAAACUUGUUUUCCUAUCGAAAAUAUGUUAAUUAUUGAGCGGUCAAAUAGUUGUAAGCGCGAAAUAGAGAUGGAGAAAUAUAGGCCACUUCUGAGUUUUCCUUUUCAUAUGUCGGCGAUUUCAAUAGCACUAAGAGAAUUAGUGCACUACUCGAACGUUUGCGCAUGCUUACCUUCGCUUUAAGAAAUCUCUUUUCAAGAUUAUGACAUCAUUGCUUGCUAUUAGUGAGUAGUGUUAAAAUUGACGUCAAUUCUGGAAGUAGAUGUCUUUCUGUCAUUUCAAGCUUGGUCGUCAGAUGGUUAAGUAUAGCACAUAUUUUAACAUUUUACUACCCUAAGAAUAAAUUUUUUUCAGCAGAAUAAUUUAUCUUCAUCAAAUUCGUUUUCGAGCAUUCCCUCCCAACGAUCAACUUGCUUUUUACUUCUUUCACAGGAUCAUAAAGGAUAUUUCUAACUGCUCUGCUGGGGAACUCCGUCUGAGCGACCUUGAAACGUCGAGGAAUACAAUAGAAGAUCUCUUGGAUAAUUCUUUACCUUUCGAUAUGUUCUCGAUCAACAGCUGCUCAAUAUCUGGUCAAAUAUCAUCAGCGAAAAAAAGAAGAAAGUCAGCAACAUCAAUUAAUGAUGAAAAUCGACCUCCUUUCAGAACUUCACUUUUAAAUUGUAUUGGUCUCAGUCCUCCAAGUGAUGAGAAUUGUAAAACGGCAUGUAUUCAAAGACUAUCUCCGUGUUCCGGCUAUAGUAGUGACAAUAGUAGGCCUAAAGCACUAUCAAAUGGUUCAUCUACGGCAUUUAGACGUGUAGCCUCAUCGUCGUCGGCCUCCAGCCAAGAUACACUAGAGAAUUCGAUUAAAUCGGCUCCAGCCUUUCCUUCUACCAUCAGACUGCCAUUAACCGAUUUCAGACCAAAUUCCCUCGAUAUUCCCCGUAGGCCAAGAGAAAGAAUAGUCCCACCAGACGCUGGGUACACAUUGCCAAAUAAAACUUGCUCCUUAGAAAGAUGUAGUCUCCGCUCCGCUUCGCCUCACGAUCUCUCCUUUCAUGCCGAUCACGUUUAUGCUACUAUCGAUGAUUACAAUCAAAAAAGGGUCACUUCUAUGGCUCCGACAUUACCUCCUCGAAGAAAAGUACAAAAAAGAAAAACCAUUGCGACAAGGAUGAAAGAUACUGAUAUAGUUGAAUUAGAUUCUGCUCAUGUUUAUACUGUCAAAGAUGUUUUGCAAAGUUACGCGGAAUUCACAGCGGAUGUUCCAAUGGAUGAAUUUAGAAAAGGAGCAAAAAUUUCGAAAGUUAGAACUGUAGACGGUUCAGCUAAUAUUUUCAAACCAGUCUUGCCAGCUCCUACCCUCUUGUAACCGGAAGCGAGAAGAAAAGAAGCGACUUGGGUGGCUUUUUCAGGCCUGAAACGGGAUUCGGCAGUGGGGUCAACUAUCAUUGAAUUAUGUGCUGCUUAACCGCUCUGCGAUUACUUCCCUCUUUCCCAUUUAUCGAUUGACUGUGUUGAACUCCGGAGGAAGUGACUAUGUGAAGGAACGCAUAUGCUGUAAACUAUAAUAGUGUCACUCAGCACGAUAUUACCCGUCUUUACGACAUCUGGUCAUGUGCCGAAGGCUGUUCAGAAUAUUCAGUAUUGUUAUUCUAACUGCAAUUGUGUGUAAAUACAAUUUAU